AUGGCUGCUGCAAAUAAUACAGUCACUAGAAAACACGGUGAUAAUUUGGAAACAUUUUCUCUUCUUUGGCUUGAUGCAGAAGUCAAUACAAAAGAAGAAAAUAGGCGUGCUCAAAAGCGACUUCGUUCAAUCAUCAAUUAUCUCAAAAUAUUUCAGGAUCAAAAUGAAUGUCAACAAUAUAUUAAGUCUUGCUCUGAACAAGAUCGAAUCGUUCUUAUCAGUAGUGGACGAUUAGGCAAGGAAUUAAUUCCUCAGAUUCAUGAUCUUCGGCAACUAUCUGAUGUUUAUAUCUACUGUUGGGACAAAAAAGCAUAUAAACAUUGGGCUAAACAGUUUAGUAAAAUAAAAGGUGUCAUUGUUUCACUUGAUGAUCUCGUUCAACAAAUCACAAUGGAUCAAAAAGAUCGAGGAAAAGUAGAAGAACCAAUGUCUAUGAAUAUUUACAAUGCUAGUGGUAAUUUAGAUAAGACAACAACUGAACUCAAUGGUCAUUUUAUUCAUUCUCUAUUAUUGAUUGAUGUUCUUAUUAAAAUGAAAUCUAGUGACGCUGACAAGAAAAAACUUAUUCAAUUUUGCAAAGAUGAAUAUUAUGACAACGAACCUCAACUGGCCGUUGUUGGUGAAUUCGAACGUGACUAUAAAUCUAGAAAAGCUUUAUGGUGGUAUACUCGUGAUGCAUUUGUAUACAGUAUGUUAAACAAAGCUUUACGAAUACAGAACACUGAAUUAUUACUAUUAUUUCGUUUUGUAAUUCGUGACAUUUAUCAAAGACUAAAAAAAUAUCAAUGUGAAAACCUUGUGACUGUGUACCGUUAUCAAGCUAUGUCUAUUGUUGAAUUGAAUGAUCUUAAAAAAUCGAUCGGUCAAUUCAUCUCAAUUAAUUCAUUUUUUUCGACUAGUGCUGAUCGUGAUGUAGCAUUGAGAUUCUCGAAUCGUUCGACCGUUUCAAAUGAUUUACAUCGAAUAUUAUUUGAGAUUGAAGCUGAUCCUCAUGUGGUUAAAUCAAAGCCAUUUGCUGAUAUCACUUCACUCAGUUACUUCCGUCAUGAGAGUGAAAUAUUAUUUAUGGUUGGAUGUAUAUUUCGUUUGACCAAUAUUUAUCGAGAUGAUAGUGAAAAAAUUUGGAUAAUUAAAAUGCAGUUAGCGGAAAAUAAUGACGAUGAUUUGAAGAAGCUUUUCGAUCAAUUGAAAUCAGAUUAUGGAGUUGACGAGAACGAAACAGAUCUUCAAACGUUCGAUGGUACUGUUCCAAUAGAACUUCUCUACCAAUAUAAAGCUUUAACAGGUUAG